UACAAUAGAUGACAGAAAUGAAAUUGCAUGCAUAAAAUCUCAAAUUGUAGAUGUAUAAAAAGAUUUUUAUGUUUAAAUAAGGCAGAUAGAUAUUAAUAAUUCUUUGCUACUACUCUCUUCAAUGUGAGAAACAUCUUGUUGAAUUCAACUACAAAGCUUACCGCACCAAUUAUGCGAUCUCUCUUUGGAUUCCUAUUCUGCUCGUUGGUAGUUCUGACAAAUGCUCAAAAUAAGAAGAUUUUUCUUCAGAAACCAUCUAACGAUCGCAGCGAAGUUCUUCUGAUAAUCACAUUUGUUAAUGAUGAUCCUCAACAAGUAGAACAUUGUGAAAUAUACACAGAUGAGGCGGUCAUCAAAGACGUUUUGCAGGAAGGAGGGGAAGAUCAAAUCAGUAAACCAAGCGUGAACGAAAUGAGAGACCACUUAAAAAACUGCCUGGAGUUUCUACGCAGCAAUGCAAGAACUUCUCGCAGUGACUUUCAUGGCCUCGAAUAUUUUAGUGAAAGCAGAAGACGAACACCAAUUUCAAGUGAUGCAGAAAUGAGGGUUUCUCCGGAGACUUUAGAAAAAUGGAAAUCAGAGCCACAUAAUUCAAGUACAGUUUUCCCAGGGACAAAGUGGUGCGGUGCGGGUGAUAAAGCUCAGAGCUACGAUGACCUUGGGAGCGAAGCGGAGACUGACAAAUGCUGCAGAGCUCAUGACCUCUGUGAUGACAUGUUGAGAUCUGGAGAGAAGAAAGGCGAUUUAAUCAACGAUUCGCAGUUCACUCUGCUGAGUUGCGGAUGUGAUGAGGAAUUUUACUCCUGCUUGGAAACGGUUAACACAGGCACUGCUAAUACGAUUGGCAAUUUGUAUUUCAAUUUACUCGAUAGGAAGUGCUACAAGUUAGAUUAUCCAGUUGUCAAAUGUUUGAGAUACAAGUUUCUCAGCUCAACGUGCGCAGAAUAUGAACGAGACACGACGGCUCCAAUGGUUUUACAAUGGGCAGAAGCUAAGCGGUACAACAAAAUACCUUUCAUUGGAUAAACUUAACUUUUCAUUACAAAAAUGUCAAUCCCUGUGUGAUAAAGCAAGUGGAAUUUUGCAGUCUUUCACAUGCUUAUAUUUAUUAAAUUGAAAAAAUUACA